AUGCAGUUUCAGCCUCAACAGCCAAUUCAGUCUAGGUUAGAAGAUCUGAUGAAGUCAUUCAUUAUCAAGACGGAUGAGAGGUUAGAUGCUCAUGGUGCAGCUAUCAAAGAACUUGGGACAGGUUUGCGUAACUUGCAGAGACAAGUGGGACAAAUUGCAAAUAUAUUAUCUGAGAGAAUCCCAUGUACUCUGCCAGCUGAUACUGAAAAGAAUCCCAAAGAAACAGUAAAUGAUGUGACCUUGAGAAGCGGACAAGUAUUGAAAGAUCCCACUCCAAGUCAAAAAGAAGCUGCACCUGAAAAAGAAAGUGGGAAGGAGCUGAAAAUUGAAGAUGAUAAAAAGGCUGAGAAGAAGAUAGGCAGGAAGAGAGAUGAGAAAAAGAAGGAGGAAACUUCAAGAAGGGAGGAAUCUAAUGAUGUGAGCAAGCACAUGCCUGCUUUACCUUUUCCCCAAACUCUCUAUAGAGAAAAGCUAGACAAGCAGUUUGAGAGAUUUUUAGAAAUGCUGAGACAGGUUAAUGUGAACCUGCCAUUCACUGAAGUUCUCUCACAAAUGCCAGCUUAUGCAAAGUUCUUGAAGGAGAUCCUCACAAAGAAGAGAAAGAUAGAAGAGACAUCAGUAGUGAAGCUUACAGAGCAUGAAACUAGAGAAGGAGAUCGGAGAGAUAAGGUCGGUGCCAAUAUCUUUGCAGCUGGCAGAUCAAACAACUAUAACACCCGAGGGAUAGUAGAAGAUGUUUUGGUGCGGGAGGAUAAGUUCGUACUUCCUGUAGAUUUCAUAGUGGUGAAUAUGGAGGAGAACAAGGAGGUCCCCAUCAUCUUAGGAAGACCAUUUUUAGCAAUGGGUAGAGCUAUACGGGAUAUACAUGAUAGAAAACCCAUGCUUAGAGUGGGUGAUGAAGGUAGCAACUGGAGUGAAAAAGGAGAAGCCAGUUGCAUGUGUUGA